CGCCCGCCCGCCCGGCCGCCUGGCGCCCGAGCCCCCCGCGCAGGGCCCGGGCCGCGGCUGCUGCGGCGGCGGCGGCGGCGCGCCCGCCCGGCCCCCUCCCCCGGCGCCGGCCAAGUGGGGCGGUGAUGCGGGCGCUGGCGGCCUCGGCUGCGCCGAGAGCGGAGACACAGGCUCAAGAUGGCAGAUUCCGACUGAGGCUGGGGGGGCCGAGCUCGCGCGCCGCGUUCCCUUCUCCGUUGCCAUGAAUCGCGGACACCCCGGCCCCGAUGGCCCCCGUGUACGAAGGUAUGGCCUCACAUGUGCAAGUUUUCUCCCCUCACACCCUUCAAUCAAGUGCCUUCUGUAGUGUGAAGAAACUGAAAGUGGAGCCGAGUUCCAACUGGGACAUGACUGGGUACGGCUCCCACAGCAAAGUGUACAGCCAGAGCAAGAACGUAGCGCCGUCGCAGCCAGCCACCACAACCGUCAGCACCUCCUUGCCGAUCCCAAACCCAAGCCUACCUUACGAGCAGACCAUCAUCUUCCCAGGAAGCACUGGGCACAUCGUCGUAACAUCAGCAAGCAGCACUUCUGUCACCGGGCAGGUCCUCGGCGGACCACACAACCUAAUGCGUCGAAGCACUGUGAGCCUUCUUGAUACCUACCAAAAAUGCGGACUCAAGCGUAAGAGUGAGGAGAUUGAGAACACGAGCAGCGUGCAGAUUAUUGAGGAGCAUCCACCCAUGAUUCAGAACAAUGCAAGCGGGGCCACUGUCGCCACUGCCACCACGUCAACCGCCACCUCCAAGAACAGCGGCUCCAACAGCGAAGGUGACUAUCAGCUGGUUCAGCAUGAAGUGCUAUGCUCCAUGACCAACACGUACGAGGUUCUAGAGUUCUUGGGCCGAGGGACGUUUGGGCAAGUGGUCAAGUGCUGGAAACGGGGCACCAAUGAAAUUGUGGCCAUCAAGAUCCUGAAGAACCACCCGUCAUAUGCCCGGCAGGGUCAGAUCGAAGUCAGCAUCCUGGCCCGGCUGAGCACGGAGAGCGCCGACGACUACAACUUUGUCCGGGCCUAUGAGUGCUUUCAGCACAAGAACCACACGUGUUUGGUCUUCGAGAUGUUGGAGCAGAACCUCUAUGACUUUCUGAAGCAGAACAAGUUUAGCCCCUUGCCCCUCAAAUACAUUCGCCCAGUCCUCCAGCAGGUAGCCACAGCCCUGAUGAAACUCAAAAGCCUAGGUCUUAUCCACGCUGACCUCAAACCAGAGAACAUCAUGCUAGUGGACCCGUCCAGGCAGCCGUACAGAGUAAAGGUCAUCGACUUUGGUUCAGCCAGUCACGUGUCCAAGGCUGUGUGUUCCACCUACUUGCAGUCCAGAUACUAUAGGGCCCCUGAGAUCAUCCUUGGUUUACCCUUCUGUGAGGCAAUUGAUAUGUGGUCCCUGGGCUGUGUCAUCGCAGAGCUGUUCCUGGGCUGGCCGCUAUAUCCUGGAGCUUCCGAGUAUGACCAGAUUCGGUAUAUUUCACAAACACAAGGUUUGCCAGCUGAAUAUUUAUUAAGCGCAGGAACAAAAACAACUCGGUUUUUCAACCGUGACACAGACUCGCCAUAUCCUUUGUGGAGGCUGAAGACACCAGAUGACCAUGAAGCAGAGACGGGGAUUAAGUCAAAAGAAGCAAGAAAGUACAUUUUCAACUGUUUAGAUGAUAUGGCCCAGGUGAACAUGACGACUGAUUUGGAAGGGAGUGACAUGUUGGUGGAAAAGGCAGAUCGGCGGGAGUUCAUUGACCUGUUGAAGAAGAUGCUGACCAUAGAUGCUGAUAAGAGGGUCACUCCGAUCGAAACCCUGAACCACCCCUUUGUCACCAUGACACACUUACUAGAUUUUCCCCAUAGUACACACGUCAAAUCAUGUUUCCAGAACAUGGAGAUUUGCAAGCGUCGGGUGAAUAUGUACGACACGGUGAACCAGAGCAAAACCCCUUUCAUCACACACGUGGCCCCCAGCACAUCCACCAACCUGACCAUGACCUUUAACAACCAGCUGACCACUGUCCACAACCAGGCUCCCACCUCCACCAGUGCUACUAUUUCCUUAGCCAAUCCCGAAGUCUCCAUACUAAACUACCAAUCUGCACUCUACCAGCCCUCAGCGGCAUCCAUGGCUGCAGUGGCCCAGCGGAGCAUGCCCCUGCAGACAGGAACAGCCCAGAUUUGUGCCCGGCCUGACCCGUUCCAGCAAGCUCUCAUCGUGUGUCCACCCGGCUUCCAAGGCUUGCAGGCCUCUCCCUCUAAGCAUGCUGGCUAUUCAGUGCGAAUGGAAAACGCAGUCCCCAUUGUCACUCAAGCCCCAGGAGCUCAGCCCCUUCAGAUCCAACCAGGUCUGCUUGCCCAGCAGGCCUGGCCGAGUGGGACCCAGCAGAUCCUGCUUCCCCCAGCAUGGCAGCAGCUGACUGGAGUGGCAACCCACACGUCAGUGCAGCACGCCACUGUGAUUCCUGAGACCAUGGCAGGCACCCAGCAGUUGGCUGACUGGAGGAACACUCACGCUCACGGCAGCCAUUACAAUCCCAUCAUGCAGCAGCCAGCGCUAUUGACCGGUCAUGUGACCCUUCCUGCAGCCCAGCCCUUAAAUGUGGGUGUGGCCCACGUGAUGCGGCAGCAGCCAACCAGCACCACUUCUUCCCGGAAGAGCAAACAGCACCAGUUGUCUGUGAGAAAUGUGUCCACCUGCGAGGUGACCUCCUCUCAGGCCAUCAGCUCCCCUCAGCGAUCCAAACGCGUCAAAGAGAACACGCCUCCCCGCUGCGCCAUGGCGCACAGCAGCCCGGCCGGCAGCGCUGCCGUCACGUGUGGGUGGGGCGACGCGGCCUCCAGCACCACCAGGGAGCGGCAGCGGCAGACAAUUGUCAUUCCCGACACCCCCAGCCCUACGGUCAGCGUCAUCACCAUCAGUAGUGACACGGACGAGGAGGAGGAACAGAAACACGCCCCCACCAGCACUGUCUCUAAGCAAAGAAAAAACGUCAUCAGCUGCGUCACGGUCCACGACUCUCCCUACUCUGACUCCUCCAGCAACACCAGCCCCUACUCUGUGCAGCAGCGCGUCGGGCACAGCAACGCCCACACCCUGGACAUCAAGGGGAGCCUGGAGAGUCACUGCACUGGGAACCCCCGAACCAUCAUCGUGCCACCCCUGAAAACCCAGGCCAGCGAAGUGCUGGUGGAAUGUGAUAGCCUGGUGCCAGUCAACACCAAUCACCACUCGUCCUCCUACAAGUCCAAGUCCUCCAGCAACGUGACCUCCACCAGCGGUCAUUCUUCAGGGAGCUCGUCUGGGGCCGUCACCUACCGGCAGCAGCGACCAGGCCCCCACUUCCAGCAGCAGCAGCCACUCAAUCUCAGCCAGGCUCAACAGCACAUCACCGCGGACCGCGCCGGAAGCCACCGCCGGCAGCAGGCCUACAUCACUCCCACCAUGGCUCAGGCUCCGUACUCCUUCCCGCACAACAGCCCCAGCCACGGCACUGUCCACCCGCACCUGGCUGCCGCCGCCGCACACCUGCCCGCCCAGCCCCACCUAUACACCUACACGGCGCCCGCCGCCCUGGGCUCCACAGGCACCGUGGCCCACCUGGUGGCCUCCCAAGGCUCAGCCCGCCACACCGUGCAGCACACUGCCUACCCGGCCAGCAUCGUCCACCAGGUCCCUGUGAGCAUGGGGCCCCGGGUCCUGCCCUCACCCACCAUCCACCCAAGUCAGUAUCCAGCCCAGUUUGCCCACCAGACCUAUAUCAGCGCCUCGCCAGCCUCCACCGUCUACACUGGAUACCCAUUGAGCCCCGCCAAGGUCAACCAGUACCCUUACAUAUAAACACUGGAGGGGGAGGGAGGGAGGGAGAGGAGGCUGGGAGGAGGGGAGGAAGGGAGGGCACUCCUGAGCCCUGCCCACUUUUCAUACUGAAGAUGCCGCACACAGGAACAAGGCAAGUGGGCAGGGGUGGAGCCGGGGACAGGGGACACAAAUGAAACUUGAACCAGGAGGUGGGAGGACUUAGAGCAGAGAGGAGAACAGGAGGGGGGGAUAUCUAUGGUUUUUAUUUUAAAAACGAAAAAGAAAAAAAAAAUGAAAACGUCAGUAACAAAACAACACAGCUCACGAGCCCAUUCUGCACCAAACUGGAAGGAGAAGAGAGCAGCAGGAAGAUUCCAGAAGUGGGGGCCCCAGUUUUUGAAAAACUUUAUGAACUUUUUAAAGAUUAUUUUCAUAUGGCAGCAAGUGACACUGAAGACUUUGCUGUCAGGGACACCUGAUAUGGAAAUCCAAUAGAUUUUUAAUUAAUUGAACAUGAGAAUUAGGGGUUUUUCCAGAACUCUAAUGGGUCAACAUCCUCCAGAGUGUCAGGCUGUGGCCUGAGGAGUCUGAUCCUGGGGGGUUUGUCAGGGGUUGGUCAAGCCAGUCCUGGCUCAUUAGUCAGGGUUAAAGGGAGGUGGGUAGGGGCGGCCAGGCUGAUGGAAGACCCCCAUGAGAGGGUGGGUUUUCUUUUUCUGAGCACUCUGGAUAAAUCCCUAAGCAAUGUUAUUCUUCAAAUGUCAUUAAUAAUGUAUGUUGCAAACUCUAGUUUUUUUCUUUUCUGAAAACUUAGUUUCUCUUUGAAUCAACCCCUAGUCACAUAGCAUAGGGCUAGCGGUUGUCACAGACACCCUAGUAGAAUGUAGCACUCUGCACCCUCGUUCCUACCUUGUGUUCAACUCCAAUGAUACCAAUAGACUAUUCCUCAACGUAAUUGCACAAAAAAAGAAGCGAUAUAAAAUAGGCAUGUAACCAAUGUGGUGGCCCAGGUGCGUGGGCGUGUGGGUGCGCCGCCCGCCCUCCUCCCUCCGCCCGCGUCCCUCCACCCACCGCCACACCUGGCGCAAUCUUGAUUCUACAUCAUUCCCUCCUAGUGCCUUACCGAACGACAGAAGCGGUGUGAGGGUUUACUUCCACUGGUACUCCAAGAAGCUGACUGAGGUUCAAUCUCAGCUCUUCUGUGCUGUUCUAACAGUUUACUCUGGUCUUUCCUUUUUAAAAAUAUUCUAUUUUAUUUUAUUUUAAUGCCGAUUGUCUGUCUUCUUAGGCUGUUGGCUAGUGGAAGGAUGUCAGGGAAGCUGGCAGGAGCUAGAAGGAGAGAGGUGGUGAUCUCAAGAGAGAUGUGAAAGGCAGAUACUGGGCAGGUGCAUGGCUUUAGUUGAGUUGUACUUUGGGGACAGAGACCCAGAGAGACUCCCCAACCUCCACCCUUGCCCCACUAUGCCCGCAGCCCUGCCCAUUGGGCCAGCCCUGCCAGCUCCAGGCCCACCACAACCUCUGUGUGGCUGUCUCCCUUACCAGGCCACGUCCCCCAGCCAUCCCCACCCCGAUAGCCUGGCAUUCUCAGGCUCGCCCCACACUUCACUCUCCUCCAGCUCGCCGGGCUGUGUUUUGCUCUCAUGAUCUUGCCAGAUCCCUCCCUCUGUAGACAGCCACCAGCCUCUGUUUGCUGUUGUAUUCUUUUCUUCACAUGCAUUACCCAGGUCUGCUCAAGACGUGAUUUUGAUUUUGGUUUUCAAGGGGGUCUGUGGGCAGAAGGUCAGAGGGACACUUACAAGGGUGGCCCAGGGGUUUUCACACUGCACUUUGGAAAACACUCCUGUGGACAGUUAAGUUUCCAAAGAAAUCUGCCCUUUGCCCUCUUUGCACCUUUGCUACAUUCUGGAAGUUUUCUCAGGCUUUGAAAUUGGGGACACGAGGGAGGGGGGAGUUCCCUCGACUUAGUAAAUAUCUCUGAAAUACGUGAAUGUGAAUGUCAGGGGAAUCGGAUCGAGGAUGGACUGAGAAGGGUGGUUCUAAUUGUUUGAUUCUGAUGCUGAGUCCUUCUUACCUGACCCUGCAACCAAGUCUCCAAGGUGCAAAGAGGCCUUCCCCCCUGGAGUACCAGCAGCCCCUUCCCUGCACUUCCUCACUCUGCGGUCUCCCCCUAGCAUCUACUGUGAAAGGUGUUUCUAUAAUGAUACCCACCCUACUUCAGUAACGAAGCCGUUACUUAGCUCUUAGCUGUGAAUGAACUCUGGAAACUUCCCCACUGCAAUCUAAAUUCUUACUUAUAAAGAAAUAUAAAGAAAUAUGUUCCCAAACUGGAAACAGCUUAGUCCAGGCCUUGGGCGAGAAGGAAGACACCACAGCCUGCUGGGGACACUCAGGUGGCACUGCCAAGCAUCUGUUAGAGGCAGAGCAGGCAAGAGGUCUCCUCUGGCUGUGAUCAAUACGGUCUUUAUCCGGGGGUGGGAGGUGUCAUCGCUCGCUCAGAGAUAACCGGAAAAUGGUCAGUUCAGAGAGGGUGAGGGGAGCAAAGCUUUCAGAGGACACAGGAGCCCCGGCCCGCCCCGGCCCUCCCCGACCUGGGCCAGCCUGGAAGUGCAUCUGUCGUGGGCUUUCUGGCGGCCACAGACGGCAGCAAUAUCCCAUCAGACUUUCUCUCACCCGUCACAAGGCUUCUCGUCUUGGCAACAAAUGAGCCUCUAAGUUUGCCUUAUUGAGUAGCACCCUGGACUCUCUGGCACAGUUGUGUUCUAGCCCUUUCUAGAUCUGAUCUCUUAGGGAAAGAGACAACUUUAAAAUAUUCUUUCCAUUUUAAAGAAAAUUCUUUUGUCUGCAUAAGUUGGAAGCUUCUUACUCUUUCACCUGAAUUUUUUUUCCCUUUUCUUCUUCCAGAUCAGGAAUGAAAAUUCCAUGCUGCUCAUAAAGAUAAUAUUAUUAUACUAAUUAUUUUUGUUAUUACCAUUGUAAUUAUGAUCAUUCUCAUCAUGUUGAUAUUAUAGUCAGGGUUUUAAAUGCACAGUUAUUCCAGGUAUCUUUGUGUUUUCUCUUUAAUAUUUAAACUUAUUUUAUUAUAUCUAUGAGUAUAUAUGAGUCGACUGGAGGGACAUACCAAUGUCCAGUUUUAUCAGGCAAAAAAAAAAAAAAAGGAAAGAUCCAGGAAUUACGAAAAUUGUUUUUGUCAUCUCUGUCCCACAAGGAGCUACUACAGAAAAAAAUUUGAAGAAGAAUCAAAGGCUUUUUCUCAUAUAGCCCAGAUUGGGCUUUUGACAACAUGGACACCAUCCAUAUUGUCUCUGCAGAUUACCGGUAGCCUGAGACACGGUCUGGGGAAGCAGCUUAUCGGCUCCAGAAUGCUGAGUCACUGACUGUCCUGCCCUGAGACAGUCUCUUUCCCACAUCCUCUGCACGCUCCUGUGCUUCUGAAAUCUGUUACCUCGAUCCUUGGCCUGCCUCUAAUAGUUAAGCAAAGAAAUCUCUGUCCAGGGCUUACCAGACCCUUUCUCAGACAUCUGCCCUUUUUCCAUCAGCACACCCGGAGCUUCCUCCUAGAAGCCACUGGGUAUGAGAGGCUGAUGUAAAAGUGAUAGGCAGCAGUACCUUCCCCAGGGAAUUCAGCCUCCCCUCCCCUCCUUGAGUUCACUGACACACACACACACACACACACACCCAUGCAUCCUUGCAGCACACAGUUCUAGCAAGCCAAAAGCCAGUGGAAGGGUGGGCAGGAGGCCGGAGAAACCUGAACAAAGUCCAGCUGCUCAGACGUUGCAGGCCGUGUCCCCUCGGUAAGCGUCAGCCAGCAGAGGGGCACAAUAGGGCCUGCAGCCAUCCCCACUCGGUUCCAGCCACACCCCUCAGUGCACAGCACUGUGUGCAACGGAUGGGUGGCCACCCUUUGUUCCCAGCCCAGAAACUGGUCCCCAGUGAAGAAAAGGGCAAAAUGGCUGGCUUCCCACAGGGAAAUGAGACGCUCAGCAGACGUUAGUGUGCUCUCCCAGGCCCCCACCCCUGCCUCCUCCAGCCCCACACACAGAGCUGGCACAUCAGAAGUCCCCACAAGAGAGCCAGGUCUGUGUGUGCUCCUGGUGCUUGCCCGAGGCUCCCAUUGGUCCUCCAGCUCCCAGUCGCCAUGGGGAGCCGCUGUCCCUGGGACCAAGCCCUCCAGCAGAGGGAUGCCAGCCUAGUCCUUAUUUAGACCACACAUUAUCAGGACCAUCAUUAUAUUGGUUCUCAUCAUUUAAUCCUAACUUUUAAAGAAACAUUGCUCAAAGUAAGGGGGGACAAUUGACAAGGACAGGUCACAGAGAAGCGUCUAACUGGAGCCAUGUGAACCUCAGGUUCUGAGAGACCUGGCCGGGUGCUGGCACCCAUGUCUUUGCUUAGGGCCUCUUCAUCAUGUUCUAGAUGUUUCCAAGGGAAGGGGGUGAGCAGGCCAAGGAGUGCGAGAGCCCAAGGCUCGAUGCCGGUUAAUACUGUGAAGCGGAGCAUGUGGUCGGUGUAACCGGAGGGAGGAGAAGGGCCAGAGGAAGCAGCAUCUCGCCUUCCUGGCAGCUGAGUCAUUUGCAGGCUGUGAAGGACUCAACCUGCCCAAACACGGGCGUGUGGGUAGGGGUUAGCAUGGAGAGGGGGGGUAGCACGGCCGUGACAGGAUGGUUUCCCUCGACCAGGUCUUGGGAAUUGCAAACACUCGUUUUUGAACAAGCUAGUGGUGGAGGGUUUGGGUUGUGUGAGUGCGUUCGAGUGAGCGGAGCAAACUUUCUUGGAAACUGGAGGGAGGAGGAGGUCUAAUGGAUGACUGAGAGAGCGACGUGGGCCCGGCUGGCCCAGCCCUCUGCCCGGUGCUGAGGGGACAGAGGGGUACGAGACCGAUGCUCUUGCUGGCCAGUCAAGUAGCUGCUGGGACAGAAAAGAGAAAAGAGGAAACAGCCGAGUGCCCUCAACCAGCAGAGAAAAUCCAGCUGAGAGGCCAGGGUUGCUUCCAAGGCCAGCCUGGGACUUCACUUUGGCGACAGGAGUGAUCUCCCCAGGACCCACUCCGGCCGCAGGACUGGGCAGGCUUCUCCCCAUCCUUCGUUCCCUUCUGGCAAGCUCCACAGACUCCCCUUAGGGGAGCUGCAAGAUGGAGCAGGCCAGAGACGUCCUUACCAAAUUGAAAAGGAAGGUGAAACUAUUCCUUUCUUUAGCCAAAGAACGCUUCUCAAAGAUGCCUCCGGAGAUGGACAAAAUGGCAUUCCUUGCGUUCCUUUCCAGGCAAUAAUGAUAUCGCUAGUGAUGUGAUUCCAUUUGUUUUUCUCUUUCCUUCCAACCUUUUUUUUUUUUUUUUAAUUGCAUUUAUUUCAAAACUGCGCUCAUCUUUUAGGAGCAGCAGAGGUGUGACCCUCAGUGCUCCUGCAGUUGGGGACGUUCCCGUGGGAGACAGUGCUGCUGCCAGGUUGGGCUGCGUUGGGCAAGAGCUCAGGAGAGCAGUACUUUCCACUUAGAUGCCUUAGAACUCUCACUUCUAAUCUCCACAGACUAGACUCAGUAAAAUCUCAGGCUACUAGAGAAUGGAAGAGGGUGACAUGGGAUUUGAACACAAAGGAAACCUCUUAGAGGCUUUUGGCACCAUGGCUGGCUGUAGUGAACCAACAUAGCAGAGAUUUCUCACGUCUUUGUUGCGGCUUCCAGAAGUUCAGGAGAGAGCUAGCUCCAAACUCAGUUGAGAGUUUGCAGAGAAGUGACCCUGCAGGGCACACGUCACAGCAUACCAGCAGCAAAGGGGGCCUUCCCCAUGCCUUUGAGAGCUCCUGUCUCAGGCCCCUGCACUGGAAAUUACACUGACUCUCUCUUCUUUGUUAAAACUUGCAGAAUCCCUCAUGUAGUGAUAGCCAACCUUUGUGGCAGCUUUUCAGUGCCCCAGGCCUGGCCCUUGAUGGAGUCCUCUCAUGGGGCCCCCACAGCCACCCCACAGGGAGGGAUACCGCCCUCACAGCUGAGGAGGCUCCAGGACCUCUAAGAAAGCAGCGUAUGUUAAAGGAAAGACAGUGGUGGUCCAGAAUCCCAGUCUAAAUGUUUUGUGAAUCAGGCCUUUACUGAGAUGUGAUUUUAUUUCCCUUUUUAAAUUAACAGCAUUGAGUGGCCUCCUGUUUCUGGUGAACCAUUCAGUGUACUGUGUGCCAGACACUGUGCUAAGAGUUGCCCACCGGUCGUCUUGUUUAGUCUUCACAAUAACCCUGUGAAAUCAGCAAUAUCAGUUCCUCUGCACACGAAGUAUGUGGCUUGCAGAGCUCGUAACCUGCCCCGGGUCACACAGCUAGUGAGGGGCGACCAGGGUUUGAACCUGGCUCUGCCCAGCUCCCCAGCUGAGCUUGCAGCCAUUCACCUCAGCCGUCCCUGUGUGUAUGUGCACAGAAAGGCCUUUAACCCAUGUCACCUGCGCCAUCCCUGCGCCAUGGAACUCCACAGAAGGGCGGUGCAGAGAGCGAGCUCCCGGGUUGGAGGCAGGCAGAAGGGGCAGAAUUAGUCUGAUAGUCAGAGAAUAUUCUCUGAGGAGUUUCUUUUAAUUCGCGAUAGAAUUCCUUUUAGAUUUCUUUCCAGCAUACAGACUAGCUUUAGUAGUGCUGCUAUAACAAACUCUUAUAGAUAAGAGUAAAGAAAAAAGUGUUCUUUUCUUCUUUUAAAAACAAAUAAUUUUUUCUUGCUUAUAGUUAAUUCUAGAAAGGCAAUACUGAAGGUAUAUAUUUUUUUCAAAUGCUAUUUUUUACUGCACUUGAUAAUUAUCUUGACAGCUCUGAUCUCUGUAAUAGAUCCAGCCUUCAGCUCUGGGCAAAACCAGAUGCCAGGUUCACACCAAAUUUGUAAAUACCACAUGUGGGUCUGGUGGCCAGGAACUUUUUUCUUUCUUUAAAAAUGAAGAAGACAAGAUGACUUAGAAAGAGGAACAAAGUUUUCUUUUGAGGUAGAUACCUUUCUCAAAGAAAUAGAAAGCAACAAUUAGAUCAACUGAGGAAAACUAGCCACCUUUCAUGAUACAAGGAAGGCAUGUCUCUUGCCCUGGUGUGAAAUUAAUAGGAAUACAAAUGCAUUUUAAUUUUGGUUGAAGGAUGACAAGAAUUUAGAAAUGCUUUAGGACUAGAUUUUUAAUUUAAAAAAAUUAUUAUCAUUAAUCAUGAAGUAUCUUCUCAGUCGUCUUGGGUAGAUUUCUUGUUUGGUUUAUUUUUUUUUUUUCUUUUAAAAAAAACUUCAUUGUGGACUGGCUCCAGGCUUGUUUGCCUAAAUUCUUAGGUAGUGUACACAAGUUCUAGAACUUUAACUCCAUUGGAAGCAAACCCAACUCAAAUCAGAAUUUGAGAUCCUGGCUGGCUUCGGUAGGUAUUCUGGAAUUCUGGCAGAAUACCUACUAAAGAUUUUUUAGAAGGUUUUAGAUACAUUAUCUUACAUAAACUGUGACCUAAUGGCAAUAAUUACCUCAAAUGUGGGCAUUCAUCCUGGUUUUAGCCUUUUUUGAAAUCAUGUAGCCAGCUUGAUCUUGAGAUUAAAAGACUAUGAAUUCUGUGUGGGCUGCAAAUAAUGAUUAAUGCACACCCCGGUCAUUGUUGCUAAGUGAAUUCUGAAAAUAGUUAACCUUUACCACAAAAAUUAAACCAAGGAAGAGAUUAUUCUUCAUGUGUUGUACUCAAAUGUGAUGUUCAAAUGAACAUGUUAAGUAUAUAUGUUUUUAGCUACUGUCAAAUGCUGUUAGCCUUCUAAGAUGCCAAGAGAGUCACAAUUUAAAUGAGUAAAUGAAAUUAUUGACUGUGGAUGCUUAAGCAUAUUUCUGGCUACAUUUUAUAGUUCAAGUGUUUUAUAGUUUACAUUUAAACUGGUACUUUUUAAAGAAAAUUUCUGUUUUUAACUGACAUCUUCAAACCCUAGCAAUGGCCUCUUUAGUUGGAGGCCGUGUCUCCCCAGGGCAGGUGUUUUCUUCCCAAACUGUUCUGCAGCCCAACACAUGCAUUUCCCUUCACAUUAUUGGUUUCCACGAGAACUCAAGAGAAUGUGAAAGAAAGUCCAGAUUGAAUGGGAAGGGUGAGUCCAGAGUCGGGCCAGAUGUGAAGCCCUCAUGCCAUGCUGUACAAACGCUCGUCUUCAAGGGGCCUUCUCUUCGACAUCUUGGAAGAGGCAGCAUGAACUGAUUUGAUUUGAAUAUUUAACUUAUUAAUAGAUCCACUGGCCUCCAGUCACCAGGCAGUAGAAGAUACGGGGAGUCAGGUGAUCGCAAUAUUUCAAUCAGUGUUUUGCUGGGGAGGACCAUGCACCCCUAUGUCCAUGGUCGGUAGCUGGGUUGUUCGUACAUCUGUUGUCAUUUAUUCAUUUUCUCCUUGAAAACAAAUCAUUGUAAAAGUCUGUGUUUACUUUUAACUCAUUGUCAGACUCAGAAUCGAAGCCUAGCCCAGCGGGAGAGGGACCUUAGCUUCCUUUCAGAGAUUGUAUGUGCUGCUGAGCAGAAGGGACGAUGGCACCCAGGGCAGCUCAUCAUAGUCCGAGAGACCUGCCCUGAGCAUAUGUCAGGUCUGAAAUAACAAGAGAGCUGCUUCGGAGACGGGAAAUGGGCCCCUGUCAUGAAGGAACAGCCUGGGGAGAUUCCAGUUCCCCUAAACGUUUUGGUUUAUGUUUUGUUUUUUCUUAUGCCACAACCCAACUGCAGAGGCCCUGCUGUGACCUAAAGGGCAUUCGUUUAGCAGAGGAGACCUUGCAAACUGCAAGCACCUGGGACCAGGAAGCUGUUAAAAAAUAAUCAUAAUAAUGACACAUUUGCUUUUCCCCUGUGAACUGCAUUAACAGUGUGUCCUUACACCAGCUUUUUGUUUGAAAUGUUAUUGUGAAAUAUUUUUCAUCUUACCCCUCCCCCACCAUCAUACUCUCGCUUUCCUAAUUGUAAUUUUUAUCCUUUACGUGAAUUAACCAAAUGAGUUCUGUGUCAUUGUCUUUGGGGCUUACCCAUAUUUUUAAAAACUGAAGUAUAGAAAUUGACAUUUUUUUUUUUUAAUUUGGAAAGUCAAUGUAUUGUAUCUGGAAAAGGGUUCUGCCUUUGCUCUCUACAGUUUCCUUUCAACCAAUCUCCAAAUGAUUCACACUCCUGGCGCCGCCCCCCAUCCCUCAUGUUAGGUCACUGUUCCCGUGGCCUCCUCUGCCUCCGCCCUACUGUCAUCACUGCCCCAUCCCAGGCACCCAGGACUCCCAGGAAGUUCAGGAACGAGCAGGAAGGGCCCACUUAGCCUUGACAGUGGUGGUCUCACCUCCCUGUCAAGACAGCGGCCUGCUGGGUGGAAGGGGCAGUGGAUUGAUUGCUGUUGUUUAAUGGUUUGGCUCAGGUUAUAAGGAGAAACUUGGAAAGUGGAAAGUGACGUGACUGUGCCCACCCUUAGUAGCUUUCUGUGACUUCUGAAUGGAACAUAAAGCACCCCCACCCCGCCCCUGCCCCCAAAGCAGAUAUUCCUGUUUGGGCUGUCUCCAAGUCAAUUGAUUUGCCUGCCCCUUCCACUCACCCCACGUUUGUUGUGUUACUGCUCAUUUAAAGCUUUCCUCUGUGGACUUCCCAGGGCACAAUCAUCUCCGGCCCCAAAGCCAUCUCUUCAUCCUCUCUGCAUUUUUUUAACCAAAUGAAGUAGACAAGAAAGUUGUACUUUGGGGCAGCAGGAUUUCUAGUUUAGUAGAAUCACUGUAUAGAUAGAGAUGUUGAUAUAUAUGUUUAUGUAUAUAUAUCAAACCAAAUUUCUGCUAGGAGAAGUAUAGCUUUAUGGAGGAGGAGGAGAAAGAGGAGCUCUUUCAAGGUCGGAAUCAGUAUAGUGUAUCAGAGGAGCAGGGGCCGCGUCAUCCACCGUGCUCUCUGGAUGCCAGAGUCAAGGGCAUAGGUGGUGGGGGCGGGGCAUGGGGGGGGCGGCAACCGAUCAAAAUGACUGGAAUUUUCCAUCCCAUUUUGCUUUCACCACAUGUAUUGAGCUGCAGCCUCUGAUAUUCCAUCACGUUCCAAAAAUGGUAUCCAUUAGGAUGGAAAGAGAACAGAUCGUAGAAAUGUUUACCUUUCAACUUCCCAUGGAUUCAGGACACUCUGGAUAGAAAGACUCACUCCCCACAAUGAGAACAGGGGAGAGGAGACCUGGCCACACUCGGUGCCAGUCCAAGGAACGCGACUCCCUCCCCAGGGUCAUCUUACCUAGAUCAUCUCAGCUCAAUCUGAAUAAUCCUAUGGUAGCCCUGGUCCGUUGUGUUCCUUCACCGUACGGUUUCUGUAAUAAAAAGUGUUAAUCCAUGUUGAUCUGUGUGGAAAUUAUUGCGUGCAACAGUAUUUUCUCGUGUACCUCUUUUUCCUAUGUGAAUUGUCCCUCUUUUCUUUUUUAUUUAUAAAUGUCUACUUUUUUUAAAAGACAAACCAAUGUGUUGUAGACCUAUAUGUAACCUAUUCCUUAGUCUCAUAUUAUAGGUAUGUUAUAAGAAUGGAUAUUUUACUUGGCUUUAGAAUGUUUUACAAGAAAACUAAUUCUUAACUGAUCAAGUCCUUGCUACUAAAAUGCUUGUGUUUUUCAUCAUGACGUCGUGUGCUUCUAAAUUAAUCAUUUUCGUUGUAGAAAAAUGGAGUGAAUUUAUAUUAGUCUUGGAAACUAAUAAUAGCAUUGUAAAUUUAUGAGAUGAUUUUAACAGAAAAAAUUAUAGAAGAAUAUAGUUAUUUUAAUUGUAAUAUUACUAACUGUAGGGUGAGAAAGGGGGUCCCAUUGUGGUGAACUAUGUUAUAGCUUGUUACUCACAGUUUCUUUUUGAUCAUUUUUUCGGUCUCUGAGGUGAAAUGACUUAUUAAUUAAAAUUUGUAAACUCACAUAUGCAUAUUGUAUAUGUGUAGAAAUGUAAUCACACUUUGUCUUGGAAUUACAUUAAACUGUUUGGAAUCACUGUA